AUGACGGUCUCCCGACUGCUCAAGGUGCCCCAGCUCCUGCCCCUGCUCCUACUCCUGAUGGGCGCGUGCUGGGCGCGGGCCGGCGCCCCACGCUGCACCUACACCUUCGUGCUACCCCCACAGCAGCUCACGGGCGCCGUGUGCUGGAGAGGGCCGGCGACCGCGCGCCCCGCGGCGCCCGAGAUGGCCAAUGCCAGCGAAGUGGCAGCGCUGCGCGUGCGCCUGGACCUCCACGAGGCGCAGCUGCGGGAGCUGCAGCGGCGGGCGGCGUCUGACCGCGCCGUGGCCGGCGAGGUGCGCGCGCUGCGCCAGGAGAACCGCGGCCUGAGCGCGCGCUUGGGCCAGCUGCGCGCGCAGCUGCGGCAGGAGCCGGGGGCGGAGCCAGCGCCAAAGGCGGAGCCGGGGGCGGCGCUGGCCCUGCUCGGGCAACGCGUGCUCAACGCGUCCGCCGAGGCGCAGAGCGCUGCAGCCGGCCUCCACCAACUGGACAGCAAGUUCCGGGAACUGGCGCAGCUGGUCAGGCAGCAGAGCGGCCUCAUCGCCCGCCUGGAGCGUCUGUGUCCCGCCGGCGGCGGCGGCGGCGGCGGCGGCGCGGGUGGGCAGCAGCAGGUUCUGCCACUGCCCCCGGCACCAGCCAUCCCAGGCAGUUUGGCGAGCAGUACCCGUGCCACCAGCAGGCGGCUAGAACCAGAGUCCCAGAGAGACCAGACCUGGAGGCAGCAGAGACCUCUGGCUUCCCCACUGUCUGCGGGGCGCCCGGCCGCGCCCACCAAACCAACUGGCCCCUGGCGGGAUUGUGCUGAAGCCCAGCAGGCAGGACACGGGCAGAGUGGCGUGUAUGAGCUGCGGCUGGGCCGCUAUGUGGUGUCAGCCUGGUGCGAGCAGCAGUUGGAGGGCGGAGGCUGGACAGUGAUCCAGAGGCGGCAGGAUGGCUCAGUCAACUUCUUUACCACCUGGCAGCACUACAAGGUGGGUUUUGGCCAGCCUGAUGGAGAAUACUGGCUUGGCCUUGAACCUGUGCACCAGCUGACCAGCCGCGGGGACCAUGAACUCCUGGUCCUCCUGGAGGAUUGGGGGGGCCGCAGAGCACGAGCCCACUACGAUGGGUUCUCCUUGGAGCCAGAGAGUGACCACUACCGUCUGCGGCUUGGCCAGUACCACGGGGAUGCUGGUGACUCACUUUCCUGGCACAAUGACAAGCCCUUCAGCACUGUGGACAGAGACCGGGACUCCUAUUCUGGUAACUGUGCCCUGUACCAGCGGGGAGGCUGGUGGUACCAUGCUUGUGCCCACUCCAACCUGAACGGUGUGUGGCACCGCGGGGGCCACUACCGCAGCCGCUACCAGGAUGGCGUCUACUGGGCUGAGUUCCGAGGUGGGGCUUACUCUCUCAAGAAGGCCGCCAUGCUCAUCCGGCCCCUUAGGUUGUGACCAGCUGGUGCAUCCGCUCAAUUCCCUGGGGAGAUGGGGUCACUGGUCCCCACUUCCUCUGUGA